GAUUAUGGUUCUGAUUUUCUCACGUGACCUAUACUUCCGUUCAGAAAAUGUGAAGAUAUGAGUGUCAAGAAAAUAAUCAAUAGGUCUUUGUUCAAGGCUCCAGUCCAAAUUGUGUUGGAGGUGAUGUGAUUGGUCACCAGCCAUGGCUACCAUCGAGAAACUAAUCAAAGCGUUUGAGGCCCUGAGGGUGUUUCAGCCCUCUGGAACUACUGCAGAUGAUGCAGCAAAGAAAAAAGAGCAAGCUCCGGUGAGCAAGAAGGACAAAAUGGUAAACUGUAAUCUCGUGGCUGACUGCAUAUGUGCUCCAAAUAUGAGGGCUAUUGUGGACUUUCCUAAAUUUCUUGGCAUUGCGAUGGAGGCUUUCCUAUCGCUGUGUGACGAUGCCGAGUCUGAUGUGAGAAUGGUUGCAGAUGAGUGUUUAAACCGAACUAUAAAGAUCCUGCUGGAAACAAAUCUAGGACGACUACAGGUGGAGCUUUAUAAAGAAAUCAAGAAAAAUGGCAGCAGUCGAACAUUGAGGGCAGCCCUGUGGAGAUUCUCAGAGAUGGCACAUCUUAUUCGUCCACAAAAGUGCAGACCAUACAUCGUAAAUCUGUUGCCAUGCGUUGCUCGGAUAUGUAAGCGAGAGGAGGAGGCCAUCCAGGAUACAUUGUCUCAGUCCAUGCAGAAAAUUUGCCCACCACUGAUCGGGUUUGCCAAUGAAUCUGAAAUAAAGGCUCUUAUCAAGUCUUUCCUUCCUAACCUACGAUCAACUAUGGCUGCUUGUAGAAGGAUGGCGGCCACUAGUCUUGUUCUGAUCUGUGAACACAACAGAAGUCCCUCCUCAUUCUACAACUUCCUACUGGCAUCUCUUCUUGAUAUGGUGAUUCCCGUUGAUGAGGAGUCCAGUCUACACACUUUGAUUGGAGUCUUGCUCUGUCUGAGGUCCCUUAUUCCUCACCUCAAUGAAUCAGGACAGGAGAAAGAAGGGCUGAAGGGCAGCUUUGGUGUAAUGACAAAGGAGAAAGAACAGACCGUCAGCAAGGAACAAAUUAUCAAGGUGAUACAGCUGUUGCUUCAUUUGAUGGGACAUCCGGACCACAAUGUGGUGACAGGUGCUCUGGAAACCUUCCAACAGCUGCUCAGACAUCCCUCUCCCCUCAUUGUCACCUUACUGACAACACCCAAAAGUAUCCCCAGGUCUUACAUUUACAAGGCUGAUCAAGAUUUAAAACAUAGUGAAGGUUUAACAGAAGUACCAUCCAUGUCUAAACUUCCUGAGGACAGUAACGCAGUAGAUGAGCUUGAAGCGUCAGAAUCAAUAGUUGAUACUUCAGAAGUGUCUGAGGACAAUGUGGCAGACAUCGUAGCUAGCUAUCAAGCGCAGAUGCCCGAGAGGACGAGUGAACAAACUGAAUCGGUGGACAGUAAUGGAGUUCCUCUGGAUGUUGACACGUGUGAUGCCGGAAUUGUGAUCACUACUUUGGACUCCAAGUACUCUGGGAUAGAAAUUGGUGAUUUAAACGAAGAUGUAUCUGAGAAAUCAAACUUGUCCCAAACUUCUACUGCCAAUGGCAGCCAACAAAGUCUGAAUAAAUUGUCCUUACCACCAAAGACCAAAAGGGGUGGAGGUCAGGACAUGAAUGGAAAUCCAGAGGUGGAGGAGGAGAGCUCACCAGAACUGGAUGUGAAAACUCCGGUUCCAAAUUACAGACAAAUAGAUGUUACCCAGAAUAUUGGGUGUCUCUCAGAGGACAUGCCAUUAGAUUUCUGUAUCCGUGUGAUCUGUAGGAGAUUUUUAUUAGGAGGAACGAAGGAACAGUUGAUUCCUGAUCGAGUUGUACGGGUCAGCAGCAAGGCUUUAGCAUUAGGAUGUGUCAGCUACACCAUGAUAUUAAAACCACAGGUCCUAUUUAUGAACGUUUUCAAGGAAGUAACUGAAGAUAAUAACCAGUUGAUGAAGGAUGUGUUACUUUAUGCUAGUCACUUUGACCCCCAACUUAAGGGCACGGCUACUCUGAUUAUUGGUAACCUCAUCAAGUCCUGUCUCACGCAGGGAGGAGGAAACUUUAUCCGGUGGAUGGAGGAGUUCGUGUCAGGAUCCUCAGUUACCAUUGAGUAUUUAGUGGAGAUAAUUCUCCACAUUAUGGAAGAUGAAUCCUCCGUGGCUGUUAGACUUGCUCUUCUGGGGAUUAAAAAAUGCCUGAUACCACUACUAAUGGGAACACACAGUCCUACAGGGCUUGAAGCCGUGCUGAAGUUACUCAGUAUUCAAAACAAUCCCUACUGGCUUGUUAAGGUAGAAAUACUAGAAGUCUUUAGUUCCCUUAACUUCAAUGUUCUGAAUCAUCUCGAGUCUUGCUGUAGUGAUGUACAGAGAGGUACUAACCACUAUCUAGGGAAGUUAAAUCUACAGGACAGGAUCCUAUCGUUUGUGAUAGAGAUGUUGGGAAGUGACGAUGUUAGGGUCAGACAUUGUGCCUCAGAGACACUUGUCAAAAUUGUGCCAAAGUUGUUUUUCCCAUGUGAUCAUCCCCAACAUGACCCAAUCAUAACGGAAUCUCGACUUCAUACAGAGAGGAUGUUGUGCCCUAUGGUUUCUGAUUGUGUUUUAAACCCACCCCCUCUAGUGCUGGGGCUGAUAAAGCCUUAUGAUAACAGCAACAAAGCAAUCUCCUUAUCCAUAGAGAGCAACCUGUCCAGAGUUGUGAAAUCAGCUUUACACCAACUAAACGUGUCACAGUCCAAACACUUAACAUAUGGUUGCUGCCACGCCCUGUUUCUCUUGUCGGAGGCGUUCCCUGCCACGCUGUAUGCUCAUUCCUGGGGAUGUGGACCCUGUACCUCAUUCCUUCCUAAAGAUGCCGGCACCAAAGGAGUAAUGAAGAGGCCCCCAAGUCGAUCUCACAGUAACUCCAGAACCGUGAUGGGUUAUGUUUGGUCUGGUACAUUCAGCGUCGACGAGAUGUCUGCGGGGUCGGGAGGGGGACCCCUCACUAUUAUACUGCCGUUACUGAUGUCCACUAAUGUCAGUCUGGACCUGGCCACACACAGUGACACGCUACAGUUUGCUGGCAAUCUGGUCGCAGGUGCUGUAUACAGGUGUAUGCAACCAAUAGAAGAGUACAACCCAGCACACGACGGGGAGGGGAUCAAGUGGGCGGCCAUCUCUGACAGAUUACUAGUUCCCUUCCUAGACCAACUCUUAUUUCAUAUUGCCAGGGUUCUGAAUUGCUGUGUGCAUGUGAUAGAUGAGCAGGUCCCAGGUCCUGCUCCGGUCAAGCCCUCCUUACCUUCUCUUCCUAAUGCCCCCUCCCUCAGUCCUAUCAAAAGGAAGAAUAAGGGGGAGAGUCCGAACGAUUCCCCAGCUAAGGGGGCCACCACUGACAACAAAACUCCCACAAAACAACAGAAAGAGAAAGAGAAAGAACAGGAUAAGGAAAAAGAGAAGACCAGAAAGGAGUCAUUAGGAGUGUUCCAUAGUCUUCCUCAUUACAUGAGGUUGUACGAUGUCCUCAAGGGAGCCUACUCUAAUUACAAGGUGUCCCUGGACUUGAUGGCAACAGACAAAUUCUGUAAUCUUCUCCACACAUCUCUAGUAACUCUGUCCCAGAUGCUCGAGAUCUCCACUCUAGAAGACAUAGGGAAAUAUGCAGACGAGAUCCUGCAGUACCUCAAAUCUACCGUCACUCUGGAACCGACCGAGUCCAUCAGAUGUGUUCAACAGCUUUUAAAGGCCUUGUUUGGCACAAACCUGAUUUGUCAGUGGGAGCCCCAACAUUUGGAGUACUUGUCAGGGAAGCCUGGGAAGGCAGCCCGCUUGACUGGGAAUAAUAAGCCCGGGCAGUACUUCUUCUGCUUUACCCAGCCUUACACACAGUUUACGCAGUCCCUGGCUGGAGCUACGUUUAAAGCCUCAUCUCACGGGGACCAGGAGGACUCCACAGGGACAUUGAGCACCUUAAGAAAAAGUGUUGACAGAAAACUUCCAGCAGUUCUGAGACCCAACAGCAAAACUGAGAAGUCCACCAUAGCCUCAUAUAUCCGUCUGUUUGAGCCUUUGGUCAUCAAAGCCCUGAAGCAGUACACUGUGUCCAGUAGCCUUGACCUUCAGCAGCAGGUGUUGGAUCUUUUGAGUCAACUCAUUCAGCUUCGAGUUAACUACUGCCUUCUGGACUCGGAUCAAGUCUUCAUAGGAUUUAUCAUUAAGCAACUCGAGUUUAUAGAGGAAGGUCAAAUCAGAAAUUCAGAGGACCUGAUUCCGAAUAUCUUUAGUUUCUUGGUAAUGCUGUCCUAUGAGAAAACUCACAGUAAAUCAAUCAUAGCAAUGCCGAAGAUUAUUCAGUUGUGUGAUGGAAUCAUGGCCAGCGGUCUACAACCUGUGUCUCACGCUAUCCCAGCUCUGAGGCCGGUCGUGUAUGAUUUAUUUCUGUUGAGAGGGGGAAAUAAACCCGACAUCAGCAGGGACUUAGAGACUCAGAGAGAGGUGGUGGUGUCCAUGCUGCUCAGACUCAUUCAGUACUACCAGACCCUAGAUUUGUUGGUGGUAGUUUUACAACAAAGCAAGAAAGAGAGCGAGGACCGCUGGAAGAGACUUUCUCGUCAGAUUACAGAUACCCUCCUACCAGCGCUAACAGCCAAUCAGGUGAAUUUAGACAACAGCCAGUCAUUGGAUGUUAUACAUCGGCUGUUUGAGUGUUUAGCUCCUAUUGUGUUUAGACCAGUGGAUAUCUUACUGAAGACUUUACUGCAAGCUCCAACAAACAUAGGUACUGUUGAAAACCUACAGAGAUGGAUGUGUCUGGUGUUGUCUGUGAUACGUGUUCUUAUGGCACAGUCCAAAGAGGAAGUCAUUCUGUCUCGUCUUACCGAACUCAGAAUCAAACUUGCACUUUUUAAAGUUCAAGCCUCCAAAGUAACAGAAGAACAGAAACAGGUGAUUCAGAAUUUGAUUCCUGAGCAGAUUCUGGCAAGGUUCCUGGUUCAGGUGAUUGGGAAAUGUCUGAAGUUCAUCAUAGAUCACGAAUCAUCAUAUCAUGAAUCACAUGACCAUGCAGACUUCCUUUCCCAGCAGUUAUCACAACUCCUGCUGUAUAUCACUCACAUGUUCCAGUCAGGCAUGUUCAGGAAGGUGGCGACCAGCGCCUUGCAGAUUGCAAAAGAGGAGACUGGUGAUUGUUUUUACAGCAUCAGAGAAGUCAAUCGUAGCUUCCUCUCCGUUUCCAUGACCCUGCCAACUUUGACCCUACAGUGGUGUAAUAUUCUGAUCCUCCUGAAUUAUGAUGACCAAACUUUGUGGAGUGAGGUGAUGCAGACCCCUAACAGACACCUCAAACCUGGAACGAGUCAGUCGACGAGUCAUGAGGCACCCCCUGUGAUAGAGACCCACUGUUGUAACCAGGAAAUCUUACGAAGAGGUGGAAUCAUUCUCUUCUGCGAUUUUGUGUGUGAGAAUAUGCUGGAUGCUGAACACAUGACGUGGUUAGUGAUAAACCAUGUUAGUGACCUGGUACAACUUUCCCGAGAAUCACCUGUCCAGGAUUUCAUCAGUGCAAUACAUAGAAACUCUGCAGCCAGCUGUUUGUUCAUUCAAGCAAUCCAUGCAAGAGGUCAAGAUGUAUCAAAGCCAUCCCUGAUCAAGAAGACUAUGAAGUGUGUAGAAGCCAUACAUCUGAGUCAGACAGGUGCCCUGUUGACCCUGUUGAUUGACAAGUUUCUAAACACCCAUCAUCUCUCUGUUACUCGCCUCUGUGACACCAUUGCCUGUCACAGGGUGGAAAUGUUACUGGCAGAUAACUUUGAGGAUGCAAAGAAGCAGUUGCCAGUAGAUGAUUUGGACAAACUUAUAAAGUUUAUGGAGACCCAUUCAUUGUUGAAGAGACAUGCCAGACUGGUGUCCUUGUUACAGAGAUUGAGGGGGACCAUGAAUCCAGAGACUUGUCUGUCACUCUAUGCAGGCUCAUGUCAUCCUGUUCUGACCAAGACAGAGUAUGCUCACAAUCAGAUGGACAAGGAUUUAUUCAUGUCCAUUGUGAAGUAUCAGUGCUUCAGCCCCCACUCCAAUCCCCGGGAGUGUGGCCUGCUUCUACACAAGCUGGAAUACGCUGACAUGCUAGCCAUCAUGAUGACAAAGGAGUUCAGUCUAGACAUCUUGUCAGAAUGCCUGACACUUGGAGCUCAGUACACCCUUAUAAAGAGCACAGACUCUGUGACAGUUCUAGACAGUGAAGGGAACCAGGUUCUGCAGGAACCAGUCACAGACAACUUAUUCCAAGCCUCACAGCUCACUCUGACCAGGCACGUUAACUACGUCAUCAACCUCCUCCCCGUUCCACAUCAGAUCUUGACCUUUUCAUCCUUCGUCGUGAAAGAGAGUCGAUACCAGGAAAAGAUGAAUGAUAUAUUCUUGGACGUGUCAUGGCGAGACAUGAUAUUUUCUCUGACCAAAACACUGAACUGUUAUUUGCAAGCCAUGUCUGGGUUGCCAUGGAAACCUGAUAUUCCUGUGGAAUCUCACUGUGAUAUUUGUAAAUUUAGUGUGUUGUGCAUGGAGUUGUUGUGUUGGAUGUUUCAUAAUGACAUUCUUCCGACCUCAGAGCAGCUGAAUACGUGUCUGAUGUGUACUUCAGUCAUUCUGCAAACUCAGCAGCUCUCUGCUGUGAUUGGUCAAAAAGAUCACGUGUCAUGGGUAGCAUCUAUAGCUUCCUGUAUCUACCAAGUCUUUCUUUCGUUGGUACUCAUUCCAGGAGACAAACUAGUCACAACCAGUCAGGAAUCAUUUGAAGAACCAAGUAGUCAAAAUGAAUUGUCUGUGAUUGUCAAAGCCUGUGAUCAGAUUUCAGAACUUGUGCAAUAUUUGUUGUUCAGCAAAGCUUCUCAUUCUAUUCCACACUUUGUGGAUUGUCACCUUACAACUAUCAUCAUAUCUUUAGCUCGCUUACCUGCCCUUAACAGUUACGCCAGAACACCAUCAUUAGUAUGGAAAUUAGGAUGGACUCCCACGCCAUUUGGUGAACUGAAGACACAUUUGCCUCCCUUGCCAGUGGACUAUCUCAAAGAUAAAGAUGUUUUAAAGGAAUUUGUUAGCAGGAUUAACACUUUAGGUUGGAUAAGUCGUCAGCAGUUUGAGGAGACUUGGAUGAGUUUACUGGCUGUACUGAACCCUGUUAUAGAGGACGUCACGGAGCACAUCACACCGGAGGAGGAAAUAGAGAGGUCACAGUGUAUGGUGAUAGCUGUCAAGGCCAUCACUUCCAUGUUGUUACAGUCAACCUUGACCCCUGUACCGGGUAACCCUAGCAACAGUGUGUAUGAGGUCAGACCAAGGGAUAAACCACUAGGAUUUCUCCAUACCAGAUGUGGGAAAAAAUUAACCAUCAUCAGAGGUAUUAUUGAAAAAGAAGUGCAAGAUUUAUAUGGAAAGAGUGAGGAUAGUUCCAUCAGUAAUCUGAGUGAAGGAGAGGACAGGGAGAUUCUGCGGUACAUGUUUGAAAAUAACCUGGAGAGGGAGUCUGGGGAUUUAGGGUACAGUCUGGGACAGGUAUCGGUGGAGUCGAUCUGGUCAGUAGUGGGUGCUCUACAUGCUCAGACCGCUGAGUCGGACACGCCAGAUUCUGUUAACAGUCCAGAGCAGGAAAAUCCAGAAACCGUUCCCCCUCAAUCCCAACAGCAGUUCCCACUGAUGAAUAUAGAGAAGAGGGAGAGAUCGAUAUUGCUCAGUGGCCUUGACAUUCACUCCUGCCUACAGUUUCUGCUAGAACUGUAUGGACAAUGGUUGUCCCCUAACAGCAUACUGAAACCACCACUGAUGCUGAAAAAUGAAGUUGUCAAGUCGCUGGCUUCCUUGUCUGACCUGUUUGUGGAAAGAGAACAGUACGAGUGGAUGCAGGACUUCCUGUUUGAUAUUUACAAGGCCCACCCACCCGAGGAUGAGAUUAUGAUGCAGUACAUCAAUGUGGGACUCAGUAAAUCUGCUGCAGUUGUUGGACUGGAUAAUUCUGGUAUAGAAAAGAUGAUGAAGUUGCUAGACACCGGACUAAGAAGUCCUAACCUCCCCAGCAGGAUCGCUGCCAUGCAAGGAAUACUGUAUCUCCUGGAGGCAGGCAUGCAGGAGAUUACCAAACCUCUGGUGCCCAUAGCAACAGAGUUUCUUCUCAGGAAUUUAGGCAGCAUAAGCCAGACCUGUAUAACAAGUCAACAGUACAUGCUGACAAUGUGGGCCACAGGUUUUUAUAUCAUGGAAAAUUAUCAUGUGGAUCUUAAAGAUUUGGAAUUUCCCAGCAAGAUUCUUCAGUUAGCAGUCUCGACAGCCUCGGGAAAUGAGGAAAGUGUGUCAACCCCCGUGUACCUAGCAAUCCUUAAAGGCCUGGAGAGAUUACUGCUGACAGAUGUGCUCUCCCAGCAGGAUGCAGAGGCCAUAGUCAAACUAGGGGUGGACAGGUUAUGUUUACCCAGUCCUCAGAGAUCACUGGCAGCUCUAGGACUGAUGUUUACAUGCAUGUACUCAGGCAAGCAGUAUGACCAAUAUAGCCCCCUCCCCAGGGACUCGCCAGCCUAUGACUUCAGUGUUGUGUACCAAGACCCAGAGUCUCUCAUUCUUGCCAUGGAGCGAGUCACUGUCCUCUUUGAUAGGAUAAAGAAGGGCUACCCUUACGAAGCUCGGGUCAUCACCCGGGUACUUCCAACAUUCCUGGCAGAUUUCUUUCCUCCUCAGGACAUUAUGAACAAAAUCAUAGGGGAGUUCAUCUCUAGUCAACAACCCUAUCCUCAAUUAAUAGCCAUGGUUGUGUUUCAGGUGUUCAAUAAUCUUCAUAAUCAAAACCAAGAAUUAUUAGUUCAGAACUGGGUAAUGUUAUCGCUGUCCAAUUUCACUCAGCGAACUCCUGUAUCCAUGGCAACAUGGAGUCUGACAUGUUUCUUCAUCAGUGCCUCAACAAACUCCUGGCUGCGACCUUUAAUAAAUCAUGUCAUCAACCGGAUGGGCAAAAUGGAGGCAGUAGAUCAGAGUCUGUUUUGUAUGACAGCGCUGGACUUUUACUCAGUUCUGAAGGACAAACAACAACAGUGGGCUUUCAUUUCUACAUUCCAGAAUGUGUUGUCUUUGGGAGCUCCAUACACACACUUACUAGAAAGACUAGAGAAAACGUUCCCAGAGCAUUUCCCACAGAAGAAGUUACUGAAGCCCCACCCUCUGUCAUAGAACCAUUACUGAAGCCCCACCCUCUGUCAUAGAACCAUUACUGAAGCCCCACCCUCUGUCAUAGAACCAUUACUGAAGCCCCACCCUCUGUCAUAGAACCAUUACUGAAGCCACACCCUCUGUCAUAGAAUCAUGACUGAAGCCACACCCUCUGUCAUAGAAUCAUGACUGAAGUCACACCCUCUGUCAUAGAAUCAGUAGUGAAGCCACACCCUCUGUCAUAGAAUUAUUACUGAAGCCACACCCUCUAUCAUAGAAUCACUAAGAAAUCAUCACCUGUAGCAUUUAGAUGGGUUGUUAAGUCUCUUUACUUGAGGUUGGCUACAUAGACUGACUAUGUACAUUGUUCACAGACUGGCUAUGUACAUUGUUCACAGACUGACUAUGUACAUUGUUCACAGACUAUGUACAUUGUAGGUGGGCACUUAUGAAUAAUACUUGUAUGUACACAUGAAACUUUAUUUAUUGUAACCUCGCUUUAUGAAAUAUUGUCUUUGUUUAUAUCUACAUGUACAGUGUAGUAGUACACAUCUUUAUUAUGUGUAAUAUGUACAUGUAAAUACAAGUAUUUUAUCUUUCUAAGCUAGCAUACUUGAUAUAUUCGGUAAAGUGCUGUCCUUGUUUUAGUUUUCAAAACUAAGUUGUAAAUUUUUUACAGUGAACAGACCAUUGUUGUAGUUGGAGCAUGACUUUCUUUAAUUAGUUAUAAAUGUUUAGUAUGAUAGAAGUUUUAUACAAAUUGCACAGUAGAUUUAAGGGAUGGAUCACUGUUUUGUAAUGUGAAAUCCAGUCUUUUCAGUGAUUUACUCAGAGAAAUUAAUACAGCAUAUAGUACAAAAGUGGUUUAAAUGUCAUGGGGGAUUUAUUGUCCGAUACACAUGUCUGUCAAACUGCAUUUUACAUGUCAAAUACAAGUUAAUAAGUAGAGGGACUAGUUAGAGAUAAACUCUUCAUUUGUAUUGAAUUUUGGGGGUUGGGGGGGGGGGGUAUGGCCUGCUUGUUUGCUAACCGGGGGUCAUUUAGAAAUUAAAAUAUUUGUUUCCCCCAUGUCUGAACGUCCAGCACAAAUUUCUCAAAUAAAUUGCAUGUCAUCAAAAAGUUGAGGGGGGGGGGAUUAUUUAGUACUGGUAAAAUUCUUUUGAAAUUCAUUGAAACUUGUAAAUGAGAUAUAUGUAGUGUAUCAGCUUUAUGUAUACUGCCUACUGGUGACCUGUGUAAUGAGCAGCAGAUUGUACAAGUGUGGACUUCACGGACUCAUCUCGAGUAAUAUGCACUACAUUUGAUAUAGUGUAGCAGCACUCUUUGUGUGUUAUAAGAUAUACAGUGAUAUGCAAGUAAGAAACAUACUGUGUAACUUGAAUGUACAAGUAUAUGGGAAAUCGUAUCGAAGUGUGUUAAAUUUGAACACAAAAAGUUGAUGCUUAUCAGCUGAACAUUGAUCCAGAUAUGAGGAAUUAUGUGUGAUAUUACAUGCAGGACUGCUCAUUGCAAAAUUCCAGGUUAAAGUGCAUGUAUGUGAACUCGUGAAGUUGUGAUUUACAAAUAAUUUUUGUAUUUGGAUUUUAAGGUCACAUAAUGAUUUAUGCAGUUGUUCCGUAUGUUCGUUUACAAGCUAUGCAUGUAAAUAUGCAUGUACAUGUAGGUGUGAAAAUGCUCUGAUUGUGUGUGAAAGAUAAAUAUAUUUUUGAGCAGAGAAGGCAAAACAUGGAAGAUUUUUGUAUGAAAUACUCUAUAAAAUACACUAAUACCUUUUCAUUAAACAUAUGAAUAAACAAUUUUUAAUUUCAUUUAUACACAAUUAUAUCCAUGUAGCAGUAAAUGAAUAUGGAUCAAGCCUUCAUUUAUUGAGACUGGAUGUGAAGUAAACUGAUAUUCUUUUUGCAACUUAUCACACACAGGUAGCUAAAUUUGCAUUUUUGUGUUUUAUAAUGAAAAGUAAUGACAAAAUACAAAUUUGUACAUGUAUACUCAACCAUAAAUUACGUGACCAGCAUCAUUGCCUUGUGCUAGACUUUUUUUCUAUUCAAAGUGAUCGUUUUUUUAAUUUGAUAUACAUGUAUAUUAUUUCCAUAGGCAAUUGACAUUUCAACAUCCUUGUCACUAGAAAAUGAGUUCCGUAUGUGAGAACUGUGUCAACUGUUGUUGAUUACUUGUUGCUUUUUAAGUUUGUUUCAAUCAGAAAUAAAGUUUUUGUUGAAGAAA